AUGAAUAACAGCUUGAGAAUCUCAAGCUGUUAUUCAUGUAAUGAUAGUAGACAACCCAGCAGUGUUCAGAAUCUAAUCUCGAACCAGGUUCAUGUUAAAACGUCUAAAAUGUUCAUAAUAUAUGGAGUUUGUAAAUUUACUGCCAAUAACAAUGUCCGAAAUAUAAAAUGUGUCCCCGAAAAGUGCGUAUUCUGGACUGGUCGAGAAUACGAGUCUGUUCUUGAAAAUACAUCUUCCAAAAUAAAACCAAGUCAUAAUGCUACGAUAGGUCAAAGCUCUAAGAAGAAAUCGAUUAUUACCGUUAAAGAUCUUAUGUUUUGUACGACCUUAUGGCUCGUGAGGUGGUUAGCUGUAUUUUCUGAUAUAUUCAAAUUGACGUCGAUACGAACUAAACACUUGACAGCAUUAAUACGAUUUAGAGAAAAACGAAUAGAAACUGUAAAGGCAAAGGAGGUGCACUUAUUUCCAUAUACCUAUGGCUCAGGUCCUAUGAGACUCUUCGCUCGAUACACGUUACACAGCAUUGUUUUAUUGAUAGAGGUAAAUUGUGGAACAACUAAUUCCCACCAGUGUGAUUAUAUGGAAUCAUGUCCUUAUUGGAUCAUCUCCGAUAGUUCUACUCUAGCCAACCCAAACUACAUGGGAUCAUUACAUCCGAGUAUUAUCUGGAUGAAUCUACCCACGACCGUCAUCAGCCCAUCUGUGGUCAAUGUCAGAAAUAAUGUGUAUGUCACGGACGGAACAGGAACAAGACACAGAAACUACUUGGCGACACGAGGGGGGCGAUUGAUUAACAAGGGACUUUACGGAACAGAUACAUGA